AGGAGCCCAGUCAAUGAGCUUAGCACUUCUCGAGGGCUACUCCUCCGCCGAGGAGGAGGACGGCCCCGCCGCCGGCGCCGGCGCCGAGCUAAGCGAGUCCGCUGAUUCGUCAGCCGAGGAAGCCGGAUCGGACGGCGACGAGGGGUCCGCUCCUCCGAAGUCGGCCUUCAAGCCCCGCCGCCGACCAAACCGUAAGAAGGGAGAUGCCGGCGGCGGCGACGGGGACUCCUGUCUGCCCUCCGCUCUGGAGGCCUUCUCCGAUAUCUCGGGACCACCGGAGUUCUUGAGGCACAGGGUUGCGGAGCCUGAGGAAGGGACGGAGGCCCUCGGUGUACUCGAUCGCCGUGGGAAAGAGGGGAGCAAGCUGCCGCCUCCAGGAGCUGUUGUGGUGGCAAAACCGCAGUUGGUUACCACAAUUGGAGCCAACCCUCCAGGUUCAGUGACAUCUGGUUCUGUUGAUGGAAAAAGAAUAAUAGGUGCCGCAAAUCCUGGUCCAGAAGAUGCAGCUGAUCUUCUGAGGAUGUGUCUCCAAUGUGGUGUACCAAAGACCUACUCACAUGGCAAGGGUAUGGUUUGCCCUCAAUGUGGUGAUAGACCGGCGCUGACAAAAGAGCCCGAAAAGAAGAAGGGUUCCACUGUCAAAGACAAGGAGAAGAUCAAGAGGAUGAGGGGCCAAUCGUCGCAUGCGUCCUGGAAGAGCGAAACCGAGAUGGCUCUUCGACAACAUUUCGACUGAUAACUAGUUAGCGUGGCCAAUAUUUAGAUGGAGUACCCUGUAAACUGUACGUUGGUGAAACUUUUUUUUGCCCUGUGUAAUGUACCAUGUGAUGGCCCUUGUGCCUCACACAGUCACACUAGGUUCCAGAGAGCCUGAUCCAGAGUUGUGUCUUAUGUAUAUGCCUUGAACGGUUUUAUUUGCUGAUCUGUCAAAACUGAAUCUUAGAUAUCAGAUUCCGUGGAAUGGUUUUUGUUUGCU